AUGCGAAACAACGCCAAAAAUGAGUUAGAGAAAAAUCUGUUCAAGCUCAUGAACAACGCGGUGUAUGGUAAGACGAUGGAAAAUGUCCGUAAGCAUGUCGAUGUGAAGCUUGUCACCAAAUGGUUUGGCCGCUACGGAGCCGAAGCUCUCAUCGCACGGCCGAAUUUCCACAGUCGAUCGAUUUUCGAUGAAAAUUUGGUUGCCAUUGAGUUACAUAAAACUGAGGUACUGCUCAACAAACCGAUCUAUGUGGGGCUCAGUGUACUUGAUAUAUCUAAGACGCUAAUCUACGAUUUCCACUACAGCUAUAUGUUGGAAAAGUACGGUGAUAAUUGUAAACUGCUGUAUACCGAUACAGACAGUCUAGUUUACGAAGUCAAUUGUACAGAUAUUUACAAAGAUAUGAAAAAAGAUAUCCACAAGUUUGAUACGUCAGAUUACCCCUCAAACAACGCGUACGGUAUUCCGCAAGCCAUCAAAAAAGUGCUUGGCCUCAUGAAUGAUGAGUGCAAUGGCAAAAUCGUUACGGAAUUUGUUGGCUUGCGGAGUAAGAUGUAUAGCGUACGCGUUGAAGAUAAAGAGUUUAUUAAGAAAGCGAAAGGUAUUAAAUCCGGAGUUGUAAAAAAGACUAUUAAUUUCAAUGAUUAUGUUAAAUGUCUACGAGAUUUUGAAAUUCAAACUCGAACACAGUAUAACAUUAGAUCGCGGCUACACAAUGUCGAAACUGUGAAACAGUUGAAGGUAGCCCUAAGUCCACAAGACGAUAAACGGUACUUGUUACCGGGGAGUACCGACACUCUACCGUGGGGUCACUAUGCGAUCCCAAAUCUCGACGAUUUGUAA